CCUCUGACUCCAAAGCCCACGCUCUUUUCCACUGAGCCAGUGUCCCGCGCACAGGAGGCGCUUAGUAAAUAGGAUCGAAGGAAUGAUGAAGCUGAUCCCCUCGCUCUCCGGCCGUGUUGGAGGUCCCAGGUGUCGCCCGCUGCACGCCGGGCCCUCGGCCCCGCUGUACCCCGAUCACAUCCCCACCAGCCCCCUGCAGAAGGCACUGCUGGCGGCCGGCUCGGCCGUCAUGGCCCUGUACGACCCUUACCGGCACGAUAUGGUCGCAGUCCUAGGUGAAACUACAGGACACCGGGCUCUGCAGACUCUCAGAGAGCAGAUGAGGAAGGACCCCGAGGGUGCCCUGAUCCUUCAGGAACGACCCCGCAUUCGGCUCCCUACCUUGGACCUGACCCGGCUCCGGGCCUUGCCAGAGGGCACUUUUGGCCGGGAAUACGUGCGCUUCUUGGAUGAUAACCGGGUCUCCCCAGACACCCGGGCCCCGACCCGCUUUGUGGACGAUGAAGAACUGGCCUACGUGAUUCAGCGCUACCGCGAGGUUCAUGACCUGCUACACACCCUCCUCGGGAUGCCUACCAACAUGCUGGGGGAGGUGGUGGUGAAGUGGUUUGAAGCCGUCCAGUUGGGCCUGCCCAUGUGCAUGCUGGGAGCCGUCUUUGGCCCCGUCCGCCUCAAUGCUCAAAAGCUGCGGGUGCUGACUGGCGACCUGAUCCCGUGGGCCGUCCGCAGCGGCCUCACUUCCCGCUGCGUCCUGAGCCUGUACUACGAGCGGCGCUGGGACCAACCCCUGGAAGCCCUGCGAGAGGAGCUGCGCAUCCCCCCGCCUCCCCUGCUCAGCAGGGAGCGGAGGACCCCCGCCCCGUCCCCCGCCCCCCAACACUGAGCCGUCCACGGCCCGCUCCCCGGGGCCUGGUGGUCCACCGGCUGGUACCCUUCCUCCCUCUUUUCUAGGCUCAUGGUGGGCUGGGGGUCCAAAAGGGAGCAGCUGAGGGGAUUUGAGCAGGUGGAGGCUCAGAGGAAUCUAGUGAUCUGGAGGUAGGGGAGCUGUUCAGAGGCGAGCGAGAAUCCACGGAAUCUGGCUCAUCUUGGGGCAGUCCUAGGGAUCUCCACCUUCCCCGGCCCCUCGUCCUCUUCUUCCUCCUCAUGUCUCUUCCCCUACACAGGGGACUCUGUGGGUGGCCGCGGUGGCUGGACACCCGGAUAGGACUCCUGGACUAUCGAUCGGCUGUCCGAUCCAGGGACCGGGGGUGGGGGGAGGCAGAUUCGAUGAGGGAGGGAGUGGAGCUGAUGUUUCCUCAAUAAAAGCCUCAUCUGGAAACGAAA